AUGUGAAACACCUCGAUGACCCCUCCACCUCUGACGAUUGAAGUGAUUCGCAAUCGCAAGCAAACAGUUGAGGAUGAAAGCGCGAAGGUUUCUGAUAGGGAGGAAAAGAAGAGAUCGGAGAUGAAGCAUUCGACGGCCGAAGACAAGGGCCGGGCCUUCCCUGUGGAUCAAAAUCUCCCCCGAUGGCUGUGCCAGAACUGCCACCACUCCCUCUGCUUCGUCGGCGCUGAUUCUUACGUCGAGAAGUACCUCCCCGAUUCCUCUUCUCGUUCCGGGAUGCAUGUGUCUUCGAUUCAUGGAGCCAGCAGCGUGUUGGAUUCGACUCGCAUGGACAAUUCAUUCGUUGUGUUGCCAAAACAGAGUCCCCAACGUCAGGGACUUCCUCUGCACCCUCAAGGGGGUGGUCCUACGCAGACUGAUUCGAGUUCAUUGGGAAAAGUGAUGGACGAAUCAUUCGUUGUCGUUUACAAGAAUGAAUCAGCUUCUGAUGGCGGUGCAAGCCAGUCACCAGUGUCUGAUGGAGCCCAUGGUGCUCCCAUUGCUCCGAACAAUUCUGGGUUUAAUGCAACUGUAACUGUUCUCAAACGUGCAUUUGAGAUUGCCACAACGCAGACCCAGGUGGAGCAAUCUUUGUGUCUUGAAUGCAUGAGAGUGUUGUCUGAUAAACUUGAUAAGGAGGUUGAAGAUGUAAACAGAGACAUUGAAGCGUAUGAGGCCUGUCUCCAACGUAUGGAAGGUGAGUCACGCGAUGUUCUUAGUGAGGCAGAUUUCCUCAAGGAGAAGCUAAAGGUCAAUCAUCCUUUGGAUGUAAGACAUAAGACAUGCAUGAGCUUUGGAUCUAGUAUGAUUGAGGAAGAAGGGAGGAAACUUGAAGCAGCAAUAGAAGAAACAGAGAAACAGUAUGCCGAAGUUACCGCUGAAUUAAAGGAAUUGGAGACAAAAUCGAACCGCUUUAAGGAACUGGAGGGGAGGUAUUGGCAUGAAUUCAACAAUUUUCAGUUUCAGUUGAUAUCUCAUCAGGAAGAAAGGGAUGCAAUCUUGGCCCAACUAGAAGUGUCACAAGCACAUUUAGAGCUGUUGAAGCGAACAAAUGUUCUGACAGAUGCAUUCCCCAUCUGGCAUGAUGGAGACUUUGGGACAAUAAACAAUUUUCGCCUUGGACGACUGCCUAAAAUUCCUGUUGAGUGGGAUGAAAUAAAUGCUGCUUGGGGUCAAGCUUGCCUCCUCCUACAUACAAUGUGCCAGUACUUCCAACCAAAGUUUCCAUAUCGAAUCAAGAUACUUCCCAUGGGUAGCUACCCCAGAAUUAUGGACCUGAGCAACAAUACUUAUGAGCUGUUUGGUCCAGUGAACCUGUUCUGGAGCACGCGCUAUGACAAAGCUAUGACUCUGUACUUGACAUGCCUCAAGGACUUUGCUGAUUUUUCCUACUUAAAGGAUCAAGAAAACAGCAUACCGCCUGAAAAAUGUUUCAAAUUGCCUUACAAGAUAGAGAACGACAAAGUCAAGAGCUACUCAAUCACAGUAAGCUUCAACAAGCAGGAGAAUUGGACCAAAGCCCUGAAGUACACUCUCUGGAAUCUAAAGUGGGCUCUCUACUGGUUCAUUGGGAACACCAACUUUCAGCCACUCUCUGCGACAGUGUCCCAACGCACCGAUCCAUCAGCUGUUGGGACUUUGUACCCAAAGCGUGGGACUGACCUUAAGUUUGGAUCACUCAACUCAUAGACAGAAGCCGGCUGUAUGGAUUAUUUGUAAAUAGCCUGUAGAGUAGAAACAGUAAACUUCCCUGCCCACCUAAAAUUAUGAUAGAAAGCAUCGAUAUGUGGAUAAUGCACAGGGUGAACACUGUAUAUGUAUCUUCCAGCUGACGUGUUUCUAGUGACCUUCGAAAAUUUCAGCUCUCAUGCUCUGCGCGUGAUUACGGUGUAUGACAAAGGAGCAUUACUUUUAUGAAUACCAAUUCGUCUUGUUGUGUCUCA